UGAGUAGGUGAAAUGUUGUGAAGAUGGGCUUCUGAACGAAUCCGUUCCCUUUUUGCGCGAGUCCGCCUCUCCGUGCGCGUUUCUAUUGACGCACUUAAAGCCUCUUCCCUCAACCUUAAGGGGAGUAGAAGCGACCAAUCACCAUGCCAUUACAGGCUUCAGAGGAAGCUGUUUAUGGGACUCCAGCACUAAUUAGGCUCAUGAACUAACAAAUCGGCUGCACAACCGGUACGGGGGAAACGAUCACAUCCAUGGAUUGUCUGGAGUAGUCCCACUUUUACUGCGAUUUGCUUGUUUUUGGGGCUUUCUGUAUCGUCGCGUUUUCCUUCCCAACUUGUGCUGCUGAGAAACUUUCCUCUCGCGGGUGAGCGUGUGUGUUCGUGUGGUGGUGGAGUAUUUCAACGAGGAACGACUGCAACACUUCCAACUUAAGCUGGGGAAUCUGGACCAUCAAACCAUGUUUCAACCCACACCCAAGAGGUGUUUCACCAUCGAGUCUUUGGUGGCGAAGGAUAAUCCGCUACCGGUGUCGAGGUCCGAGGAGCCCAUCCGACCCGCCGCUCUGAGCUAUGCAAACCCCGGCCAGAUGAACCCCUUUCUGAACGGCUUUCACUCCGGCGGCCGGGGCGUCUACUCGAACCCGGACUUGGUGUUCGCCGAGGCGGUAUCGCAUCCUAACUCGGGUGUACCGGUGCACUCGGUUCCCCCUCCCCACGCCCUGUCUGGCCACCCUCUCUCCUCGUCCCACAGCAGCCCUCACCCCCUUUUCGCCAGCCAGCAAAGGGACCCGUCCACUUUCUACCCCUGGUUGAUACAUAGAUAUAGGUACCUGGGCCACCGAUUCCAAGGUAACGAAACAAGUCCAGAAAGCUUCCUUUUGCACAAUGCACUGGCGAGAAAACCCAAAAGAAUCCGCACAGCCUUCUCCCCGUCGCAGCUCCUCCGGCUGGAGCACGCGUUCGAGAAGAACCACUACGUAGUGGGGGCCGAACGGAAACAGCUCGCGCACAGCCUCAGCCUCACAGAAACUCAGGUAAAAGUGUGGUUCCAGAACCGAAGAACAAAGUUCAAACGGCAGAAGUUGGAAGAGGAGGGCUCCGAGUCGCAGCAGAAGAAGAAGGGAACGCAUCACAUCAACCGCUGGAGACUGGCCACCAAACAGGGCAGUCCGGAGGAAAUAGACGUCACUUCGGACGAUUAAAAAGAGGACAAACUUUGACCUGGGACAAGCAGCAUCGUGAAGGAUGACAUGGAUAUAGAUGCUGGGAAAAGACAGUGCGGGGGUACAAAGCCAAUGUCAGAAUUCAAACGUGCGGAGGUCGGCAGCUGCGGGCGAGAGGUCGUACCGGUGGCUGGGCUGUACCCGGAGAAGGGGGCCUUCCCACCGUAGGCCAUCACAGUGAUCGAUCCACCUCCCUGACCCCUUCCCACGCACCCUCCCACCACUACACACUACCCCCGUCAACAAACCCAAAUUUGUACUCCAAUUCACAUUGGACAUUUGCACUUCUGAAGGUUUUUAAAAACGUUUUCACUCAAAAAACCAAAACACAAAACAGUUUUUUUUUGUAAAACUUGAACUGCAUGGUAGAAGUUUCCCUCUGGUAGUUGUUUUAAUUUGACCAACUUCUCAAAAAACAGUUUUGUUUUUACUCUAUUUUCAAACUGAGAGAUGUUGUGCUUUUUCCUUUUUACAAAGUGUGCAGUCUUUAAUUAAUAAUUCUCGUGUAAAAGUGAUUGUGAAAACAUGAAGUAGCAGUGCUGCGUUAUAGUGUUUUAAAGAAAAGAGAACAGAAAAUGACAAUUCAAAAACUUUAUGAAAGUUUAUCACACCACAGAUUACAGUACGUCAAUGAAAAAGGUAUACGGUCAUUCCUUUAACCUAAAGCUUUACCAAUCCGUGAUUCUGGCCCGGGCCGACCGGCAGGACUCGACCCUCCCGUGAAAGUGGCCCCAAGGACUAACUGAGAGCUUUUGCCCCCGAGGCGAGAAAACUCCAAGCACUGAGCCUAUUCCAUGUACAGAAAUACUAAAAGUUAAUGUUUCUGUUCAACCUUCUUUUACAGAAUGUAAAUAAUUUGUGUAUGUGUUAAGUUUGCUACAAUUUUAACACAAAGUAUACUUCCAAGAAGUAUGUAAUUGUCAAUAUUUUGUCAAUAAAGUUUUAUCAAUAUGUUGCGCGCAG